CGCGGACGCAGGGAAGGGCGAGACAGAGAGCUUACAGCGCAGCCACAGCGCCUCCGCCAUUCAGACACUGUUGACUGAGUCGGGAGGGCCAGGACGGACCAGCCAGCAGACCCGUCGUCAGCUUCCAGUGUUCCCCUGCAGCAGCAGCAGCAGCUCUCUGUGAGACUCCCCACACCGCAGCGACAACAUGCGUGAGAUAGUGCACCUGCAGGCCGGGCAGUGCGGGAACCAGAUUGGAGCAAAGUUCUGGGAGGUGAUCAGUGAUGAGCAUGGCAUCGACCCAACUGGAACCUACCACGGAGACAGCGACCUGCAGCUGGACAGAAUCAAUGUCUACUAUAACGAGGCUUCAGGUGGGAAGUACGUGCCUAGGGCCAUCUUAGUGGAUCUGGAGCCAGGCACUAUGGACUCUGUCCGCUCCGGCCCCUUCGGACAGAUAUUCAGACCUGACAACUUUGUCUUUGGUCAGAGUGGAGCAGGUAACAACUGGGCCAAGGGCCACUACACAGAGGGAGCUGAGCUGGUGGACUCUGUCCUGGAUGUGGUGAGGAAGGAGGCUGAGAGCUGCGACUGCCUCCAGGGUUUCCAGCUCACACAUUCCCUGGGCGGUGGUACCGGCUCUGGCAUGGGAACUCUGCUCAUCAGCAAGAUCCGAGAGGAGUACCCCGAUCGUAUUAUGAACACCUUCAGCGUUGUGCCCUCUCCUAAGGUGUCAGAUACAGUGGUGGAACCCUACAACGCCACGCUGUCUGUCCACCAGCUGGUUGAGAACACAGACGAGACAUACUGCAUCGACAACGAGGCCCUGUAUGACAUCUGUUUCCGCACCCUCAAACUCACCACACCCACUUACGGAGACCUCAACCACCUGGUCUCCGCCACCAUGAGCGGGGUGACAACUUGCCUGCGUUUCCCCGGCCAGCUCAACGCUGACCUCCGCAAACUGGCCGUCAACAUGGUGCCCUUCCCUCGUCUGCACUUCUUCAUGCCCGGCUUCGCCCCCUUGACCAGCCGGGGAAGCCAGCAGUACAGAGCCCUCUCUGUGCCUGAACUCACUCAGCAGAUGUUUGACGCCAAGAACAUGAUGGCCGCCUGCGACCCGCGCCACGGCCGCUACCUGACCGUGGCCGCCGUGUUCCGUGGCCGCAUGUCGAUGAAGGAAGUGGACGAGCAGAUGCUGAAUGUGCAGAACAAGAACAGCAGCUACUUCGUGGAAUGGAUCCCCAACAACGUCAAGACGGCCGUGUGUGACAUCCCGCCCCGUGGGCUCAAGAUGGCGGCCACUUUCAUCGGCAACAGCACAGCCAUCCAGGAGCUGUUCAAGCGCAUCUCCGAGCAGUUCACUGCCAUGUUCCGCCGCAAGGCCUUCCUCCACUGGUACACCGGCGAGGGCAUGGAUGAGAUGGAGUUCACCGAGGCGGAGAGCAACAUGAACGACUUGGUGUCCGAGUACCAGCAGUAUCAGGACGCCACAGCAGAGGAGGGAGAGUUUGAGGAGGAGGGAGAGGAGGAGGUGGCCUAAGGCUAAAAUCAAUCAUCAUUUCUCCGCUGCACUCAUCAUAACUCUAUCCAUCCGUCCAUCCACUGAUUUCAGGCCUUCUCUGCUCUCUUUCUCUGACUUUUAUUUUUAUUUCCCAGCUCUCUUGCCCUUGUAUUCCUUCUGUUUCGUCUUCUCUCUGCCUCUCCUCUCUCUUCCAUUGAGCCCCCUGUCCUCCUCCAGGAGCAGGAUUCCCAAUACUACACUGACCCUCCCAUCUCAGUGCUAAUGUAGAGGUAGCUAACACAGGUGUGCUUGUGGUCUUUUGUCAGUAGCCUUCUGUUAAUGUUCAUUUAUCAUCAUCAGUCAUGCAGUUCCAUACCUGGGCUAAUUAUUCAAUAAAACUCCCUGAAAUUUGAUCACUUGUCUAAUUUGGCACUGAUUGAAAUAAACUUAUUGGAAAAAUAUGCCUUUGUGUUAUUGAAGUUUUCCUGUGUGAUAGAUUUUACAUUUGAAUACAUUUUAAAAUUAUAUACAAACAAAUCGAGGAGAUAGCUACAGUUUAUAGUUAUAGAAGUAAAGCUCACUCUGUAAAUCCUUCUGAUAAACCUUUACAAAAACAUACUAAUCUUGAAUGAAAUGGACCAAACACUGUAUCAGCAACUUUUGAGGAUUCUACUCUGAUUGUCACAGUAUGAAGCAAACCAAAAUGGAGACCUGCAUUGUGUAGAGAUUAGGCAGUGUUGCUUGAACACCACAAGGAGGCAGUAUGAGAUCUGUGUGUUUCCCUGAGCAGGAUGUGGACACCUGAUUGUCUCUUUUCCACUUAAAAAACUGUAACGGCAAAUGCUCUGUUAUAAUGUAAAUGCCUAUCCUGUUUAUUUGAGCAAUAACUAAACAAACCGUGUCAGUUUUCCAUAUAUGGCUAUAUGAGAUAUUCUCAAACCAAUGCAUGUCUUUCAAUGUAAAUCAAGCAAUAAACAGAUCCUAAAUAGCA